UAGUGGAAGAAAAGGCUUCAUCCGUCUGGGUUCCUCUCUCCAUGCCUCCAUUCUCAAAAACCAUGAAUUCCUUUACCCUCAAAAUCCCGAUAAUUUCACUGAUGGCCUCCUCAUAUGAAACUCUCUCCUCUCUGUUUAUGCAAAAUGUCCGAGGUGCUCAACCUCGGACGGACGACAGUAAUUCCUUUACAACCAGAGUAAAGAGUAAAUCCAGAGCUUCUCGCUCGGACAGCUACACAGCUGUUACGAUGGACAUCCUUGCAUCUAAAUAUAUCCCAAUCUCCCGGUCUCGAAAUAACUGCUUGGAGAUACACAUCAAAUCCCGAAUAUCUUGCUUGGCUCGAUCUCCCGGUCCUGAAAUAACUACCUGGAGAUACAUAUCGGAUCUCGGAUAUUUCGCUUGGCAUCUUGUAGCCUCGAUUAUUGCUGACUUAAGCAUCGGAGUGUCUACCCCGAGGAUCCACCUCGGGGCUUUGCAGGUCAAUCCAGGAUGCAGAUAUGGACUGAAGGAGGACUUCUGGUCAGCACGAGGCGGAAACUCGUCUCAGCCUCUUGGACGAGGUCAGGUCCCCAGUAACCUCCCGCCUCAUCCCCUACCCCCAAUCCCGAAUACAAUCCCUCAUGUUGACCAUACAGAAGGAAGGGAUGAAAAUCAGCCACACAAUUCGACUCGCAACUCAGCCUCCAUCGCUAACCAAGACGUAGUUGCAACUCAACUUGCUGCGAUGCAACAGCAGUUUGGUGUCUUUCAGCUAGUGCUGGCUCAGCUGUUAGCUCGGAACAACCCUGGUGAUCCACUCAUCAACCUGCUUAAUCCUGCCCCAUCACAACCCCCAGCCCCACCACAAAAUCCUGAACCAGUUCAGCAUGCUCCUGCUAUUAGUGAAUCUCAGGGCCAAUCUCACUUCGCGCCAGUUCAACAACCCCUUCAUGGUGAUGUCACUCGACGUCUAAGUAGCUUGGAAAAGCUAGUGGUUGAACAGCGGGGUGCCCCACCUCCACACCCUGCUACUGACUCUGUACCCCACCCUCUCAACACCAAUAUUAUAUUGGCACCCUAUCCCGUUGGCUUCAGAAUACCACAGCUUGAAACUUAUGAUGGGACGAAGGACCUCGAUGAUCAUCUACAUGCUUUCUACUCUUGCAUGCAGGCCCAGAACGCCUCUGAUGCGUUGAUGUGCAAAAUCUUUCCCUCUACCCGCCGAGGUAAUGCUCGAACCUGGUACUACAGUCUGCCUCUGAGGUCAAUCAACUCUUACACAGAAAUGGAAUCUGCUUUCGCCACGAAGUUUUCUAGUCGAAGGUUGAUUCGGAAAACCACUUCUGAGCUGAUGCGAGUUAAGCAGAGGGACGGCGAAUCUUUGAAGAAUUUUAUGAGCAGAUUCAAUGAUGCAGUACUGGAGGUUAAUUCUUUCGACCAAGCUGUGGGAAUUACAGCUAUAAUCUCAGGUCUUAGCCAUGAGAGAUUUCGCGAUAGUCUGCUCAAACAUCCUGCCCACACCUUCAGCGAGGUAAAUGACAGAUCGUUGAAAUUCAUAACGGCUGAAGAAUAUGCCCUGUCGCAGAACCUAACUCCUCUUAAAAACCAACACCCGGACUGGAGAGAUGAGAAUCCGAGCAGGAAACGGAUGAAGGCAACACAGAACCGAGGUCCGAUGUCGACCUCCACCCUAAGAUUCGAACGACCGAACUCAGCACCUCCGCAACAACCUGCAGAUCACGGUCUUACAACAGAGCAAUGCAAUAGUCUGAGGUCCGAUCUGGAAAGUCUUGCGCAGAAAGGAAUGUUGAAUGAGUACAUCCAGAGAGUGGCACAGCCAAGGUUUGUCAGAGAACAGGGGCCACAGCAUCAAGAAGUCCACAAUCCCCCAAACAGACAAGGUGUGGGAUAUCAGCAAGCCCCACCACCACUCCCACCACCAGCUAGAGUCAUACACAUGAUUACGGGAGGUCUGGAAGCAGGUGGACUGAGCUCUAAGCAGCGAAAGUUGUACGUCAGAGAGGUUGAGCACCAGAAUCGAACUCAAAAGUGGAAAUUUGACGACGUUGAGUGGAAGAAUCAACCCAUCACUUUCACAUCUGCUGAUCUUGAAACAGUUGUCACACCUCACAAUGAUCCUCUAGUCACUUCUGUCACAAUCAACAAUUAUGAGGUGCAACGUGUCCUUGUUGACACAGGGAGUGCACCAGACAUCAUAUACUUCCAUUGUUUUGAGAGUUUUGGGUUAGAUCCAGCUCUGUUGCAGCGGUGUGAUGGUCCCAUCUACGGGUUCAAUAACCAACCAGUUCCAGUUGAAGGAGUCCUCACCAUGAAUGUUGCAUUUGGAAGUGGCCGAAGUUAUGUGACCCCUUCCGUGAGCUCACCACCUCUGCUGACUAAAGCCAAAGAUGGAGAAAUCCUCUAUUUAUAUCUGGGAAUUUCAGAUGAAGCCAUUAGUUCAGUUCUGGUAAGAGAAGAAGCCAAGCAGCAGAAACCAAUAUAUUAUAUCAGCAGUGUGCUGCAUGGGGCCGAACUGAGGUAUCCUAUAGCAGAGAAAGCAGCCCUAGCAGUUGUCACUUCGGCCAGGAAGUUGAGGCCAUAUUUCCAGUCGCACCCGAUCAUUAUUCUUACAGACCAACCCCUUCGACAAAUUCUGCAAAAGCCUGAGUGUUCUGGAAGAUUAAUUAAAUGGGCAGUAGAACUGGGGGAAUUUGAGAUAACAUUUCAGCAGAGAUCUGCAAUCCGAGCUCAGGCACUGGCAGAUUUUAUUAUAGAGUGCACUCCAGGUAAUUCCAUUCCUACUCCAGAGCCUAAUGACUGGACCUUAUAUGUUGAUGGGGCAUCUAGUAGCAAAGCCCUGCUACUUGGUCUGCAGCUGGCAUUGGAGUUAAAGCUCAGUGCGAUCCAAGUAUACAAUGACUCCCAGUUGGUGGUGAACCAAAUUAACUCAAUCUGCGAAGUUGUUGAUCCUGUGAUGGUAAAAUAUGUAGCUCUGGUGGCCGAGCUGAAGUGCAAAUUCCAGAAAUUCUGUCUGAACAAAAUCCCCCGAACUGAGAAUGAGCAGGCAGAUUCACUCUCUAAAUUCGCCUCUGAUAUUCCUUCACAUUCCAGAUCAGUUUUUGUGGAGGUCUUAGACGAACCAAGCUUCAUGAAGCCACGGGAGGCAAUGAAGUUGAGGAGGAAAGCAUCCCGGUAUACACUUGUUGAUGGGGUCCUCUAUAAGCGAUCUUUCUCUCUACCUCUUCUACGGUGCUUGAAUCCCUAUGAAGCAGAAUAUGCACUCCGGGAGGUGCAUGAAGGUGUCUGCGGAAGUCACGUAGGUGCUCGGACUUUGGCUCAUAAAGUCCUUAGACAUGGUUAUUAUUGGCCCAACAUGUACAAGGAUGCCACUUACUUUGUUCAAAGAUGCUUGAAAUGUCAGUUCUUUGCGCACCUGACCCAUCAGCCUGCAGAAGAGCUCACUACUCUAGUGGCACCAUGGCCAUUUGCUCAGUGGGGAUUGGAUCUUUUGGGCCCAUUCGUGAAGGGGGUUGGUGGUGUAACCCACCUGAUCGUCGGUGUAGAUUAUUUCACGAAGUGGGUUGAAGCUCGGCCGUUGUCUAGUAUUACUUCUAAGAAGUUCACCUCGGUUUACCAUCCAGAGUCCAACGGCAUGGUCGAAUCUGUUAACAAGUGCAUCUUAGAAGGUAUAAAGCCGAGGCUGGAACAACACAAGGCCAAGUGGGCAGAUGAGCUCAACAACGUCCUCUGGGCAUACAGAACUACGAGUCGAACUGCUACAGGUGAAACACCUUAUCACCUGGCUUUUAGUACCGAAGCAGUCAUUCCUAUCGAGAUUGGAGUUCCAAGCUUCAGAGUCACCCAUUUCGAUGAAGGACGGAAUGGACAACUGCUUCGGGAGAACCUUGAUUUGCUUGAUGACGUUAGAGAAGAAGCACGACUUCGAACUCUAGUCUACAAGCAGAAAAUAGCAAACUUCUACAAUAAACGAGUUCGACCCCGAACAUUCAAAGUAGGAGACCUUGUUUUCAAGAAAGUAGGUCUGACGGGGUUCGAAACUCGAUUCGGCAAAUUGGCACCAAACUGGGAAGGCCCCUACACUGUCGCCGAAGUGCUGCACCCAGGUGCUUAUAUCCUACGGGACACUGAAGGCAAACGGGUUCCCAGAGUCUAGAAUAUCAAUAACUUGAAGAAGUUUUACCCUUAAGUGAACUUUGUUUUAAUAGUUCUUACUUUCACUCCUACUGCUCAACUUAGAGUGUAUUUUAACUCAAUUCAUUAAUAAGUUUCACUUCACGUC